AUGUGGGGCAAUCCCGCGGGGGUGGAGGCGUCUGCUGGCGGCGACACGGGAAGGGAUGGCUGCUUGGCCUCUUGCCGCUCCCCGGCGCUUGUGGGGACAGGACGCCUGCAAAGACGCCCGCUCGCCCCCGGGCUGGGCUUUGCAGGGGAAGCUGUACACCCUCAUCUUAAUCGCACGCUUCUGCCAGUUGCGGCCAGGGAGAAGGCAGCGCUUUCUGCGUGGCUUGUCCGAGCGCCAUGUCUGUAUCAGCCCUGUAAACUGUACCAGUUGGUUGCUACAUUGCCUGAGGAAAUUCGUCCUGGGCCUGAUUUCCAUGGACUUCCAUGGGAGCCUGUUAUUAUCACUGCCUUAGUGGGAAUUGCCACACUUGCUGUAAUUUUCUGGAGAACCUGCCUUUCAGUAAAGAGUAGAAUAUAUCAAGUGACUGAAAAGCAACUUGCUGAAAAGAUUAAAAACCUUCUGCAAGAAAAAACAGAAAUCUUAGAAAAGAUAUCACAAUAUGAUCAAAAGAUAAAGGAAGCAAAGGAAUCUGUGAAAGUGGCCCAAGAACAAAAAGACAUUCUCUCUGAUGAAACUACAGGGCUUAAGGACACUGUCAAAGAACUGGAAGAAGCAAAUCGUCAGCUAGAUGACAAAGUGAAAAGCCUGCACUCAAUGCUUGAAACAGAGAGAAAAAAGAAUGAGAAGAAACAGAACACAAUCUCUGAAGCACAGAAAUCCUUGGAGAAACUUCAAGAGGCUAUCAGUGUACAUUCUGUAGAGCUUUCAGAGGUGCAGAUAGCCCUUAAUGAAGCUAAACUAAGUGAAGAAAAGGUGAAAUCUGAGCUUCAUCAUAUGCAGGAAGAGAAUGCUAGGCUGAAAAAGAGCAAGGAGCAACUGCUAAAAGAAGCUGAAGGUUGGACUGAGAGACAUUCCGAGCUCAGUGAGCAGAUCAAACUGUAUCAGAAAUCUCAGAAGGAUAUUGAAGAAGCACUCGCCUACAAGGAAAAUGAAAUAGAAGUUUUAACAAACUGCAUUAUGCAGCUGAAGCAGCUUGACAUAGAUGCAGCAUCUGAGGGUAAGAAGGACAGCGAAGGGUGUGAAUGGAGCACAGGAGAUGAUCUGGCCAAUGGAGAGUUGCCAGAUAAUGAAAAUGAGAAGAUGAAGACUCAGAUUAAGCAGAUGAUGGAUGUCUCCAGGGUAAAAACUAUGUUAACCAUAGUUGAAGAAGACAGAAAUCUUCUGCAGUCCAAACUGAGUGAUGAAGUAACAGCAAGACAUGAGCUUGAAGAGCAAAUAAAAAAAUUAGAACAUGUCUCCAGUUCGCUCCAGUCAGCCAAAGCGCAACUGGAAAGUGAAUGCAAAACACUGCAGCAGAAAGUCGAGAUUCUUGGUGAACUUUACCAGCAGAAGGAGAUGGCACUCCAGAAAAAACUAACCCAGGAAGAGUAUGAGCGUCAGGAGAAGGAGCAGAAAUUGUCUGCUGCAGAUGAAAAAGCUGUGCUGGCCAUCGAGGAAGUGAAAGUUUACAAGCAAAGGAUCCAAGAUAUGGAAGAAGAAUUGCAAAAAACAGAGAGAUCUUACAAAAACCAGAUUGCUGCUCAUGAGAAAAAGGCACAUGACAACUGGCUUAUUGCCCGCUCUGCCGAGAGAGCUCUGGCUGAAGAAAAAAGAGAAGCAGCCAACCUGAGACAAAAAUUAAUAGAAGUAAACCAAAAAAUCGUCAUGCUUCAAAGACCAUUAAUUGUAAAGCCAACUCCAGGCAGACCCGAUCGCCAGGUCCCACCACGACAAGGGCCCUUAAGCAGAGAUGGCUCUUUUGGCCCAUCACCUGUGAGCGGAGGAAAUCCAUCACCCACACAGAUGAUAGAAGUUCCUCCUCGGCCCCUUUCUGCUCCUCGAAGGGAAGGCUCAAGAGGUGAAUUUGGAACAGUGGUAGAUGGCCCUCCUGUUCCACGAAGGCCACCAGAGUUACGUGGAAGGAUGUCUGUUCCUGAUCUUGGGCCAGCUGUAGCAUCCCUGAUCAGUAGUGGGCCAAGAACCUCCUCCCCUUCCACAGCAGUGGAUGGAGUGGCUAAUGCUAGUCCCAAAGGCCCACCUUCUUUCCCUGGGACACCUAUCAUGACUUCCCCAGUGAUGGGACCACCACCUCCACCGCCUGUUCGCUAUGGACCACCACCGGCUCCUUUCCGUGGGCACUUUGGGCCUCGACCUCUUCCGGUGCCCCUAGUUCGUGGUGCUCCUUUGCCACCUCCAGCUGCAAGAGAUUUCUUACCUGGCCCACCCUUUGGAAUGAGAGAUCCACCUCCUCCAGAUCCAAGAGGCUAUGGACGUGGGCACCCUCCUGUUCGACCUCUAGGUCCUCCUGGCCCAAGAGAUUAUCCUCCAGGCCCACGGCUACCCCCACCUGGCUCAAGAGACUAUACACCUUCUCCCAACAGAGACUUGCCUCCAUCAGGACCCAGAGACUACCCUCCAGGCCCUCCACCACCACCGACAGGCUCGAAGGACUACGCACAGCCUCCAGCACAGAAACCCUAAUUGCAGCAUCAGGUCAGCAGCUCAACAGAAUGGACUAGCGCACUUCCUGUGGUCAGGAUUGUAGGAAACGGCUCCCUGUUUGAAGCCGUUUGUCUCAUUUCAGUAUAUUUCAGCUUUUGCAGGAUUAAUUUUUAUCCAAUUGCUACAGACAUGUGCAUUUAUGAUCACCUUCAACUCAUCCAUCCUCUUGGGCUGCAAGAACCUUUUUGUGAUGGACUUGAACCUAUUCUAAACGUGCAAUAGAAAGGAAGUACCUGCGUGGCUAGUUUUAAUUAAAUGUAGCCUCUGUAACCAGUUGGUGAAUGAACUAAUUUCGUGAAAAAUGUAAAAUCAUUUCCUGUGGAAAUAAUUUUUAAGUAAAAUGCUAUCUUACCUGCCUUCUCCAUCACAUCACUAAGCUGCAGUUAUUGUAGGCCAGGGGUUUACAUGUGGACUAUGAGGUG